UUCCUCAGCCCUCCUUAUUCCAGGCAUACCUCUUCUGUUUCUUAAGAUCAGUUGGUUUGCUUCUGCAGCUUUCAGGGCAAAUCUGAUGUUUCAAGCUAUGGAAAAGAAAUGCCACCAACUGAAGGUGAGCAUGAGGUACAAUUUAGAAAAUUACUGUUAAUCAUUAAGCAGCAAAUACUUGAAAUCUCAAUAUUUGAACUGAGAAACACUGUAGCUGAACUGGAAAAAAGACUUAGCAGUGUUGAAGAUGAAGGUAAUGAAUGGAAAACCAGAUAUGAGACGCAAGUGGAACUGAACAAACAGCUGGAAAGGCAAAUUCAUAUUCUUCAAGACAAGGUGGAGCUUAUGCGUGGAAGUCCAGCAGAUAAAUUGUCCAUUGUUCGCACCUUUGAGCAAAUGUCUGUGGGAUCCUUAAAGGUAGUUCUUAAAGAUCUUGAAGAAGAGAAGAAAAGUCUCCAGAAUCAGCUAAAAGACUAUGAGCUGAGACUGGAGCAAGAAGCCAAGGCUUACCACAAAGCUACUGAGGAGCGGCGCAUGUACCUCUCAGAGAUCUUACAGACCUCAGCUGCACUUAAAAUUGUCGAAAGGCAGAAAAGGGAUGGUCUGACAGGCAAGGGAGAAAACCAGAUACUGAGAGGGAGAUACCAUGUUCCAGGAGACCUGAAGAUGGUGAGUCCUCAAAAAGGACCAGUUAAGAAGACUGUAGGAGUGAAGCAGCUUCCAAAAUUGAAACACUGA